AAGUAACACAGCCAAGGACUGUGUGGCUCAGAAGACGGCGAGGCACACGAUGUCUCACGGAAACAGCAGGAAUUUCUGUCCGGUGGAUUAAUUCAAGAGGAAACUGCGUUUGCAAACGAUGUUCACUUCGCCCAUCCUGGAUGUACUUUCAGACGGCUAACGUUUCCAGCCUGCUGUCACAGACGGAUAUUAUGACCCAACCGCCGAAACCGUCGUCGUGAAGUGGGAUAUGGCACGUUUAAAAAUGAAUUCAGUGUUCCUUUUAUUUUUCCCAACGGUUUUCUUUCAUAGGCCGGCGCUGUCCAGUCGCCUCUACGAAAGGUCACUCAUGCCCAGGGCCGUGUCUCGCUCCGUUGCCAGAAUGGACGGGGAUAUUAUAAUCGGGGCGCUUUUUUCCGUUCACCACCAGCCCUCCGCCGAGAAGGUGGCAGAGAGAAAAUGCGGGGAGGUCAGAGAACAGUACGGCAUCCAAAGGGUGGAGGCCAUGUUUCACACGCUGGACCGCAUCAAUUCCGACCCCAACCUCUUACCCAACAUUAGCCUGGGCUGCGAGAUCAGGGACUCGUGUUGGCAUUCGUCCGUGGCUCUGGAACAAAGCAUUGAGUUCAUAAGGGAUUCGCUUAUUUCUAUACGGGACGACAAGGAUGGGUCCAAAUGGUGCAUUGAUGGGACGCCUUCGAACCAGCCCCCGACGACGAAGAAGCCCAUCGCUGGUGUUAUCGGACCGGGCUCCAGUUCGGUGGCGAUUCAGGUUCAGAAUUUGCUACAGCUGUUCAAUAUUCCCCAAAUUGCGUACUCGGCGACCAGUAUUGACCUAAGCGACAAAACCCUUUUCAAGUAUUUUCUGAGGGUCGUUCCCUCGGACACAUUACAGGCCAGGGCCAUACUGGACAUUGUUAAGCGGUACAACUGGACCUACGUGUCCGCGGUCCAUACCGAGGGAAACUACGGGGAGAGCGGCAUGGAGGCGUUUAAGGAGCUGGCGUCGCUGGAGGGCCUGUGCAUCGCGCACUCGGACAAGAUCUACAGCAACGCGGGCGAGCGGCACUUCGACCGGCUCCUGCGCAAGCUGCGGGAGCGGCUGCCCAAGGCGCGCGUGGUGGUGUGCUUCUGCGAGGGCAUGACGGUGCGCGGCCUGCUGAUGGCCAUGCGCCGCCUGGGCGUGGCCGGGGAGUUCCUGCUCAUCGGCAGCGACGGGUGGGCGGACAGGGACGAGGUGGUGGAAGGGUACGAGCAGGAGGCGGAGGGCGGCAUCACCAUGAAGCUGCAGUCGGCUGAGGUCACCUCCUUCGACGACUACUUCCUGAAGCUGCGGCUGGACACCAACGCCCGGAACCCGUGGUUCGCCGAGUUCUGGCAGCACCGCUUCCAGUGCAGGAUCCCCGGCCAUCCCACGGAGAACCCCAACUACAGGAAAAUCUGCUCAGGUAACGAAAGCCUGGAGGAGAACUACGUUCAGGACAGCAAGAUGGGCUUCGUCAUCAACGCCAUCUACGCCAUGGCCCACGGGCUGCACGACAUGCACCAGGAGCUGUGCCCCGACUUCGUGGGCCUGUGCGAGGCCAUGGACCCGGUGGACGGCAGCAAGCUGCUCGACUUCAUCCUCAAGACCUCGUUCACCGGCGUGUCCGGGGAGGACGUCUACUUCGACGAGAACGGGGACUCCCCCGGCAGGUAUGACAUCAUGAACCUGCAGUUUGUGGAGAGCGGUCAGUACGACUACAUCAACGUGGGCUCCUGGCACGAGGGCGUGCUGAGCAUCGACGACUAUAAGAUCCAGAUGAACCACAGCGAGAUGGUGCGGUCUGUUUGCAGCGAGCCCUGCACCAAGGGCCAGAUCAAGGUGAUCAGGAAGGGGGAGGUGAGCUGCUGCUGGAUCUGCACCACCUGUAAGGAUAACGAGAUCGUGCUGGACGAGUUCACCUGCAAGGCCUGUGACCUGGGCUGGUGGCCCGACGAGCAGCUGGAAGGCUGCCAGCCCAUCACCCUGCGCUACCUGGAGUGGAGCAACGCGGAGUCCAUCGUGGCCGUGGUCUUCUCCUGCCUGGGCAUCCUGGUGACCAUGUUCGUCACGUUCAUCUUCGUGCUGUACCGCGACACGCCCGUGGUCAAGUCCUCCAGCCGGGAGCUCUGCUACAUCAUCCUGGCGGGCAUCUUCCUGGGCUACAUCUGCCCGUUCACGCUCAUCGCUCGGCCCACCGUGGCCUCCUGCUACCUCCAGCGCCUCCUGGUGGGCCUCUCCUCCGCCAUGUGCUACUCCGCGCUGGUGACCAAGACCAACCGCAUCGCCCGCAUCCUGGCGGGCAGCAAGAAGAAGAUCUGCACCCGCAAGCCGCGCUUCAUGAGCGCCUGGGCCCAGGUGGUCAUCGCCUCGCUCCUGGUCAGCGUGCAGCUCACGCUGGAGGUCACGCUGAUCAUCCUGGAGCCUCCCGAGCCCGUCAAGUCGUACCCCAGCAUCCGGGAGGUCUUCCUCAUCUGCAACACCAGCAACAUGGGCAUGGUGGCGCCGCUGGGCUACAACGGGCUGCUGAUCAUGAGCUGCACCUACUACGCCUUCAAGACGCGCAACGUGCCGGCCAACUUCAACGAGGCCAAGUACAUCGCCUUCACCAUGUACACCACCUGCAUCAUCUGGCUGGCCUUCGUGCCCAUCUACUUCGGCAGCAACUACAAGAUCAUCACCACCUCGUUCUCCGUCAGCCUGAGCGUCACGGUGGCGCUGGGCUGCAUGUUCACGCCGAAGAUGUACAUCAUCAUCGCCAAGCCCGAGAGGAACGUGCGUAGCGCCUUCACCACGUCCGACGUGGUGCGCAUGCACGUGGGCGACGGCAAGGCCGCCUGCCGCACCAACAGCAUCCUCAACAUGUUCCGCCGGAAGAAGAACCCGCCCGGCAACGCCAAGUAA